AUGAUCAACAGUGGCGUUCGAUACAGCUAUAUCUGCACCGGGGAGGCUUUCAUUUUCCUUUACAUUUUAAAGAAUGAUCCCACCAUUAUUCAAUAUUUCUUGUGUAUCCCGAAUCAGGAUGCGCAGGCGGAUGUGCAGGCGGAUAAUGAAGUACGCCUCCACCGGACCGCCAUCAGUCAGGUGCUUGCGUUCACGCUUCAAGCGCUGGCCGUCGAACCUCCGACUCAAGAAUGGCACGAUGUGGCACACGACCAGCUAACAACCUGGAAGAUCGAAUAUCUUGACAUGUUGAGAGAAAUUCCCGAAACUCUCUGUAAAGACCCGCCGGCGUCUGAUUAUCGGCCCUCUCACUGGAAACCAGAUCAGAAAAUACACAACACACGCGCUCGCGCUCGCGUUCCCGCGCGUUGUCAACCGGGCGCACCUACACCGAAGCACUCGUCCACUGAAGGCAGCGGCAGUGAUCAAGAAUCGCAUUCGCCAUCUACCGCAGUCGCGUCGCGCAUCCGACCGAGCCGCGGCCAAGGCAACCACCGCCAGUCAACCCGGGGAGAUGAAGGAACACAAGCCGGCCGAUACUACAAACAGACCUCUCGAAAAGACAGGCCUUCUACGCGACCAUACUACACUAUUACGUGCAUCCGCGGCUUGACUAACCGAGAACCACUAGAUAAAAGUUUCUAUAACUGGAAACUCCACGGUGGUUCAUGA